UAGGAUGGCUGGCUGUGGUGAAAUUGAUCAUUCAGUAAACAUGCUUCCUACAAACAGGAAAACAAAUGAGUCCUCUUCUAACAAUGCACCUUCUCUAACUGUCCCUGAAUGUGCCAUUUGUCUGCAAACAUGUGUUCACCCAGUCAGUCUGCCUUGUAAGCAUGUUUUCUGCUAUCUAUGUGUAAAGGGAGCUUCAUGGCUUGGGAAACGAUGUGCCCUCUGUCGACAAGAAAUUCCUGAGGAUUUCCUGGACAAACCAACCUUGUUAUCACCUGAAGAACUCAAGGCUGCAAGUAGAGGAAAUGGAGAAUAUGCAUGGUAUUAUGAAGGAAGAAAUGGGUGGUGGCAGUAUGACGAGCGUACUAGUAGAGAGUUGGAAGAUGCUUUUUCCAAAGGUAAAAAGAGUACUGAAAUGUUAAUUGCUGGGUUUCUGUAUGUUGCUGAUCUUGAAAAUAUGGUUCAAUAUAGGAGAAAUGAACAUGGACGUCGCAGGAAGAUUAAACGGGAUAUUAUAGAUAUACCAAAGAAGGGAGUAGCUGGACUUAGACUGGACUGUGACUCUAAUAAUGUAAACCUAGCAAGAGAGAGCUCUGCCGAUGGAGCGGACAGUCUAUCAGCACAGAGUGGAACUUCUGUUCAGCCCCUAGUAUCGUCUGCAAUUAGGCCCUUAACAUCAGUAGAUGGUCAGUUAACAAGCCCUGCAACACCAUCCCCUGAUGCAAGCACUUCUCUGGAAGACUCUUUUGCUCAUUUACAACUCAGUGGAGACAAUGGAGUGGAAAGGAGCCAUAGGGGGGAAGGAGAAGAUCCAGAGUCCCCCUCUUCAGGCAGGAUACCAGCACCAGAUACCUCCAUUGAAGAAACCGAGUCAGACAGCAGUAGUGACAGUGAAGAUGUAUCUGCGCUUAUUGCACAGCACUCCUUGGCCCAACAGAGACUUUUGGCUCCUAACGCAAACCAGACAGGAUCUGAUCUAUCCGAUCUAUCUGGGACUGAUCGAUCAGUAGCAGCGGGUGGAACAGUGAGUGUCAGAUCUAGAAGGCCGGAUGGACAGUGCACAGUAACUGAAGUUUAAAUAAAGUCUUCAGCCUGUGCUCAAGGUUGAAAUGGUUCUCUGUAAAUUUCUGCUACGUAGCAUUAUAACUCAUCCCUAGUGGGGCAUUGUGGGGUGGGAAGGGGGAUGGGAAGGCUAUACCUGUAAUUAAAAUGUCUUAACAUGUCUCUGUUGAGCAAUUUAUUUAAAGAACUUGGGUAUUCAUAGUUGAAAGCUGUUUAGUAACAAUCCAGUUUUCUUGAGGUUUGUUUAUUUUACAAUUUUUUUUUGUUAAAUUUCUUUAGUUCUUUUGGCCAGUGUAUCUUACCUGUACAUUAAUAGUUUUCAUCUGAUUCUUGCAUUGUAUCUUACUUUUCUGCAUGGAUUGACAUAAAAUCAUUACUAAAAUUUGGCGCUGAUGAGAUGUUUGAUACCAGUAUCAGCAGGAAGCUUCUUACUGUAAGAAUAGAUGUGAAUUUGGAAUUUUAAAAUAACAACCAUUUUACAGUAGUUUCUGAAAUGGAAAUGUAAAGAAAACAGCUAAUAAGUUUCAGAAUCUUCUCUGUAAACACACUUCAUUGUUUCCAUAGUCUUUGCUGUCUAGUCCUUGUGUUUGAUGUUUCCCUUCACACUUUUCUUUUUGACUACAAAGUUUAUAAUUUAAUAAAUACUAUCGUUUAUCA